GAAACUUGACGCUUUGCGUUCUUGUCUCAUUUCGUUACAUGCGCUCAAAUUCGAUAUUUAUUGCAAAAAAAUGACCAAUUUGACGAACAUGCGCUCCACAAUCUUUUAAUAUAGCGAGGUGUGGCGAAGGGCCAAAUCCAUGACAAUCCUAUAAAACGUAUAUGCAUGUAUGAGGCAUUUCUAAAUAUUAGAAAACUAUAGCCUCCAUAGGGCAUAUGGUUCCUUGCAACAGUUAAACUAAAUCUCUACAAAACCUUAUCUGUAAUUGUUUUGUGAAGUAGCAGAAACUAAGUAUGCAGCCGAAGACGAUUGUUUCCACUCUUCCUUCAUGUGGAGGAGGUUACAGUUAUUCAUGUAAACUCAAUUCACAUACAAGAGGUCCAUGCCAAUGGCAAUGCUUGUCAUCUCCAUUGAUUGUCCAGAAAUUUAGGUGGUCGCAAAUGAACAGCAAUUUUGUCAUUACGUGCUUAAGAAGAGCUGUUAGAAAAGCUAACAGGAAAUACCCAUCGGAGCGUAGGGAGCUCAAACAAAAAUUAAGACAAAAAGAAGCCGAGCUUAGUGAAGAUGGUAAAAACAGAGACGAUGGAUACUGGAGGUUCUUCACAGUGCCAGUCCCUGUGGACAAGGAUCCAGGCAAAGAUUAUAUUGGAGUUUCCGAUGCUCUCAUGGAGGGCAUUGCUCGUUACAUUAAAUUUCCCGUGGCAAAUAUACUACCUCAAGAAGCCUUUUCUGUUGUACGCAAGUCUUUUGAUGCACGAAAGUGUCUUAAGGAACCAAGGUUUGUAUACACCGUUGACAUGAAUGUGAAGGAAGCAUUGAGUUUGCAGCCUCGGUUGUGGGACUUUAUCUCAGAUUUGUCCUUCAAGCCAGGAAAAUUAGAGUAUAUUUCUUCUCCAAGUAGCUCCUUAGAUCUAAUUGGCCUAUUGAAUGAUGACAAAUGUACACAAAGCAGAAUAGCAUCUCAUAGCUCAAAUGGGACAAGUGAAAGAUCUUCAAACAAAAUGCUGAUCAUGAAAGAUAUUAAACAGUCAAAUGUGUAUAUGGUGACUAGUGAACCAAAGGUGGUUGUUGUAGGUAGUGGACCUGCAGGAUUAUUUGCCAGUCUGGUGCUUGCAGAGCUUGGUGCAAAGGUCACCAUAGUAGAGAGGGGUCAGCCAGUAGAGAAACGGGGCCGUGACAUUGGAGCUUUGGUAGUGCGUCGCCAAUUAAAAUCUGAAAGCAAUUUUUGCUUUGGAGAGGGUGGUGCAGGUACGUGGAGUGAUGGCAAGUUGACAACUAAAAUUGGGAAGAACAGUGAUAAUGUGCAAAUUGUGUUAAAAACUCUUGUUCAUUUUGGAGCCCCAGCAUCCAUCUUGAUUGAUGGGAAACCACACUUGGGAACUGACAGAUUGAUACGCAUUCUACUCAAUUUUCGGCAACAUUUACAAGAUUUGGGAGUUCAGAUAAUGUUUGGAACUCGAAUGGACGACCUCCUAGUGACAAGAGAACAAGUUAUAGGAGUUCAAGUUUCUGAUGCAGGAGGCAAUAACCAGACCAAUACACAAAAGUUGGGAUCUGAUGCUGUUAUUCUUGCAGUUGGACAUUCUGCUCGUGAUGUAUAUGAAAGGCUUCUUGAGCGGAAUGUACUUUUGAUGCCAAAAGAUUUUGCUGUUGGGUUCCGAGUUGAACAUCCACAGGAUUUAAUAAAUAAAAUACAGUAUUCUAAAUUUGCAGAUGAGGUUCAUAAAGGAAGGGGAAAGGUACCUGUUGCUGACUACAAACUAGCAACAUAUUUGACUGAACAUGAUGUACAGCUACCUUUAAGAGGGGAGAACAAUAGUCGUUCUUGUUACUCCUUUUGCAUGUGUCCAGGUGGCCAGGUGGUUCUGACCAGUACAAACCCAUCAGAGCUUUGUAUAAAUGGCAUGUCUUUCUCAACUCGCUCAUCUAAAUGGGCAAAUGCAGCAAUUGUUGUCACUGUUUCAUCGAAGGACUUUAGUGCUUUCCAAAGUUACGGACAUCUUGCUGGAGUUGCCUUUCAGAGAGAGUUUGAGAAGGAAGCUGCAGUUAUGGGGGGAGGCAAUUUUGUUGUCCCGGCACAGACAGUACCAAACUUCCUUGAAAGCAAGCUGUCAGAUGUUUCUCUUCCACCUUCAAGUUAUCGGUUGGGAGUUAAAGCAGCUCCCUUGCAUCAACUGUUUCCAUCAAAUAUAACCCAUGCAUUGAAACAGUCUCUCAUAAGUUUUGAGAAAGAGCUUCCAGGUUUCAUAUCAAAGGAAGCACUUCUACAUGGAGUAGAGACACGGACAAGUGCACCGGUAAAAAUUCCUCGUGAUAUGACUAGUUAUGAGAGUCUGUCAAUGCGUGGAUUGUAUCCCAUUGGAGAAGGUGCAGGGUAUGCUGGUGGAAUUGUGAGUGCUGCAGUCGAUGGCUUGUGUGCAGGAUUUGCACUUGCAAAACAACUCAACUUAUAUAAAGGCAGCUUGCUGGAGUCGAUUUUAGACAAGUCUCAAAGAGACACAGGAAAUGGCAGAUACUGAGAGUCAGAACAUCCAUAUUUCAUAUUUUAAAGUUUUCAGUCCAUUCUUGUAUUCAAUACCUACCAUGUUCUUUUUUUCCACCUUAAUAACUAGCCUGCAGUAUUAUCAUUCAACUUCUCUGGAUCCGGGCUUAAGAAUGGACUCUCUUCCAUAGCUUUUAUGCAACUGUUAGUUUUUCAGAUCUGCAAUCUUCUGUUUCUCUACCACCCCAAUAGCUGCCUCCACCACCAUGGCCGAUGAGGAAGAUCUGCCUCCCAUAAAACUGUGUCUUAAAGAAGCUAUCGUGGAGACAGUUUCCCACUGCCUCGACAUAUCAAAGUGCACCAAAAACAAGUCGUCCUUAAGCAUUAAUUUCAGCCAUUGGUAAUUAAUUCUUCUACAUCAUUGGUCAUGAGUUAUUUAAAGAGCCAUACGUAAAUGAUGAUAAGGAAAAGGGCAUUUAAUAAAAGCCUUGUUUCACUAUCUCAAGAGCAUACCAGUUAGCAGGCCAUUGCCUAGAUCGAGAAGCUGGAUUAAAAAACGAAUAUCGGAAAGUAACAUGCAAGCUUCCAAAUAAUAAGAGGGUGUCAGGAAUGUUGGGUAGGUUAAAUUUUUUAUAAGAUUCAAAUUUCUCAAAUUUUGUAAUAUACAGGUUUUGACUUAAAGAAAAUCUUUUGGACAUCACUCAAAAAGUUGUUUCACUCUCACAGGUUUCAUUGGACAUUUCACAAAUGCUAUAUAAGGCUGAUAGCUAUUUUUGACUUGUACCAUAAAGUUUUUAUGAAUUCUAGAGAAAAAU